AUAAACCACAGAUAACUUUAUAUCGGUAUAAGUCAUAAGUACUAUAUCAGAGUCUGAAUAAAAACAGACAGAGUUGUGAGACUUUAAACCAGAUGAGCUCGUGGAGUGCCGCACAUCAUAACCUCACUCGAUAGCAUAGAAUACUAAAUAAAGCAAAAGAUGGCAAAGAGCACUAGCAAGAGCGGUAAAUCUAAAUCCAAUGAAGAAGUGUUUGCGGGCUUCCAGAACCUUCGCAGCGAGCAGAGACAGCUCGCCAACAAGAUAUCAGAACUUGAGAUGGACCUGAACGAGCACAAGAUAGUGAUUGAGACGCUGCGCGGCGUUGAGCUAGCGCGCAAGUGUUUCCGCAUGGUGGGCGGCGUGCUGGUAGAGCGCACUGUGGCGGAGGUACUGCCGGAGCUAGAGGGCAACAGAGACCGCCUGCCACAGGCACUACAGGCUCUCAACGAGCAGCUGGCGCGCAAGGGGCAGGAGAUCAACGACUACAUCGAGAAGCACGACAUCCGCGUGCAGCGAGGCGCCGACAGCGAGCCCGCCGCUGCCGCGCCCGACGCCGCCAAGAGCAACGUGCUGGUGGCCAGCGCCUGAGCCGUCGCUGCCGCGCCGCCACUUAUGGUGCUUGGGGCCUACUAAUGUCACUUAAAAACAGCAUUAUGUUAAAAUUAUGCUUGUCCAGCAAAGUCUACCACCACCAAGCUUAUUUCUGCCGCUAAGCAGCAGGCAAUGGUUUUCCACUUACCAUGUGGUGGGACAUCUGCUUGACCCGUCAAUUGUUACUAUCAAUGCCUACCUAUAAAGAAAUAAUUCUCAAACACACAAAUCAAUAAUAUUAAAAUAAUACUGCUUUAAGCGAUUGUAGUAAGGGAUAGGUGUUACCUUGGGUCUUGAAGUCAUGAAAACUGUUUAUCUAUGUCAGUUUACACAAUGUAAGUAACUAUAAAUUAUGCUUUCAGCUGAGACAGACUUGCACCUGUGUCAUUGGUAACUUGAAUACAUAUCUUAUUUCAAACCACUUUCAAUAAGUGGAUUAAGUGGGUGUAAUUGUGUGGAACAAAGCAAUUGUUAAUUCUGUAAUCAUGGAAGCUAUUAUUUUAACAACUAAGAUGUUUUUUUUAUUCUUUUCGUCGUUUUUCUGAUAAAUGAUUGGUUUUUGCUUUGGCUAUUAUAUGACAAUUAAUUAGUAUUGUAAAUAUUGUCAUGAAUGUCUGAAAUUGCAAAAAAAAAUUAUGCUGGUAUUUUAGAAUACUGUGGUUUAAGUUUUUUAAUUCCUGUCAGUUAAAUUCACAUUAUGCAUACUUAGUUUUUGUGUAAUUGUUUUAGCGGAACAUUGUAAACAAAAUCCUAUUCCCAAGUACUCCUUAGGAUUUGUUUUUUUUCAUGAGCUUUGAAUUCUUAUAGUAAAUUAAUUAUAUAGUAUUUAAUAGUUAUAAAAAUUAACAGUAAGUUGUAAUAAUAUACAUUUUUAAUUAACAUUUUAUUUUUAUUUUCAACACAUGAAAUAUAUUUAUAAAAUCUACUGUACCCAGUAACAAUGAGUGCAUGAUGCAUUUGCAAGUUGCUCAGACCAGUGUGUGGACUAACAACCAUAUUGGCACUGGCAUCUUUGAAAUUUUUUAAUUACUAUUAUGAAACUUCACCCCACAGACAUUGAAAACAUUGACCCCUAUUUUUUUAACUUCUCUUAUGAUGUAAACAAUCUUUCCCCAAGGUACAUUUUAAAACAUUAAGAAAUAAGGAAAACAUUGUUUUAAUUUAUUUUAUAAUAUAUCAAUGUAUACUCAAGUCGAAAAUGUGUCAUACCUGAAAGAGUUCUUAGAGCAAUUGUAAAAUCAACAAUUGCAGUACAAAGUUUUCAGAUGUACAAUAUAUUUAAUAAUGAAGAUGGCUUUUUUAUGCAGAAAAAAUGUCCUACAGGCAUUUCAUUUCCACCUUUAUAUAUAAAUAUUAUAGAAUAUCAUAGUAUAUCCCAAGUUUAUUUUUUUAAGUUGCCCAAUAGUAGUGAAGUAACCUGCCCAUGCACCUGUACACCUAAAUAUCAAAACCCAAAAAUUCAAUAGUUCGUUUACAAAAAUAGUAAUCUAUUCUAUUAUGUAAUAGAAUCACACUAUGGAAUAUAAUAAAGUUGAAUGUCUUGCAUAUUCCACAUCCGCAUGCCCUUGGGCCAUGGCACAUCUCUAGACGAAAUUAUCUCAUAAAAACAAGUUCAAUAAGACUUAUUGCAUUGAUGUUAUUUUGGAAUGACUUGUUCAUUAUACGUAUUAACUAAUA